AAGGGCGUAGCCGUACCAACAAGUUUACUAUAAAAAGGUCCCAACAGUUGGUGAAAAACACACUUGAAGUCCUCAAGCAAUACGCUUAUACAUACUCCAAUUGCUUUUCCCAGUCUGCAAUUUCAUCAUCGAGAAUGUCUAUUGUUUUGGCGAUUUUGCUGUUUUGUGCUGCCGGUUGCUUGGCUGAAGAUUUGACUGCUGAAGAGCAGUACAGGCCAGCUUAUAAAUCAGAAUAUCCAGCCCACAGACCAGCAUAUCCUGAGCCAAAAUAUCCCUCAUACAGCAAACCAUCCUAUCCAUCUUACCCAUCCCACUCAACUUACCCAGCCUACCCCAAGUAUUGCGAUCCUAAAGCCGCUCCUAAAUGCGCUGAAAAUUCCACCGGUCACUGGUGUCUGACUGACGAGGAAUACCCCGUCUACGAAGUCAAGUAUGCCAUCGACUACGAUCCUUUAGUCCUCAAGAAAUACGCUGACGUUGCCGAUCAAUCCGCUAACGAUCUGGUCGAUGGAGUCAGCAAAGAACAAGAGGAGAAAUUCGAUUACUCUUUCUACAAAGGAAAGCAAUUCGACGAGGGCAACUGGGUCGGUGGUGAAGGUUUCAUCUGUCCCAGUGACGUCGCUUAUUCUCGUCCCCUUCGUGCCAAGAACACUGCUGGUGAAUGGCGUGUCAUCGUCCAGGACAUCGCCUGGCCCACCUACACGCAGACCCAGCGGACAGAGACUUGCUUGUUCCCAGAAGCCGCUUGCCGCACCUUGGCUCCUUGCCACUUCAGCAAAUGCCUGCAGAAGCACACCGUUCAUCGCAUGCUCUCUUUCGACCCUUGCGAUGAGCGCAGGGGUGUCUUUAUCGACACCUACAAGCUUCCAUCAGCUUGCUCUUGCCACAUCCCCGUCAAGGCAUAAGCUGACUAAUAAGAUCAACAACAAACCCACCUGAUUAAAGACCAUGCCCGACUUCACCUACCCCAUAAAGGCACUGCCAGCCUGUCUAAUUUCGGACCCCAUAACGGCACUGCCAGCCUGUCUAAUUUCGGACCCCAUAACGGCCUUCAGAUAAUACCCAAAACGUCAAGUUAAAAGAGAGGGACUGCUUUCAAUUAAAAAAGGUUCCGCCAACCGUCAAUAUCCUCUCCAACACCGGGAUCGUUUUUUGUAUUCUGUGGAUUUGUCUUUAACCUAUUCAUCUCCUUUCAUCUUCAAAGUGAAUGCGAGCAACUGAAAGUUCUUUUUCAAAUGAAAUAGAAAGGUAUUUAUUAUUCCA